GGUGAUUGAAAGUAAAGACGAAACAUUAUCCAUUGGAACAAAUGUUGUUGGACCUCUGGGUUGCAAAACCCAUGCAAUCAUGCCAGGAAAAACUUUGACAAAAUUAGACUUCCUUGAUGACCUACCAACAUCUGUAGGAGUUGGUGCUGCUGGCAUGCCAGGGUAUGACUACAUCAUCUUUCUACAUAUUAAUGCAUGCAGAAACCCCUCGCCUUGAAAUAUUUGAAGUGGUUGAUUGAUUAAUGAUUAAUGAUUGAUUAAUAGUUGAUUAAUAGUUUAAUAAUACCAAAAAUACAGCCAAAACUAAGCUGAAUUAGAUUAGAAAAUUUACAAUAACUUAAUGGUUUGAGUAUGUCUACGAUUAUACGCUGUUUCUAAAUUUUCAAGUUCUAAUGCAUCAUUUAAUGAUAGUUAACAAAUGGAUGGAUAAUUCUCAUGGCGCGCUUCUGUAAAAAUUCAAGAUCGUCUGACAGAUAAUUGGGAAGUGAGUUAUGAUAAACUGAGCAGGCGUACUCCAUGACGGCGCGGAUGCAUGUGGUGCAAACGGUUACACUGAGUUCCCUGGUUGUAACGCCUGCUCUCUCCAGUUGUCCGAGGAAGUAAAGUCUUGUAAUUGCCUUUCGUGAUAUCUCAGAUACGAGGCAGUUCCUUCUCAGAUCGUUCGACAUGUUCAAUCCAACUUAUCCAAGUAACUUGACACUUGACACUAUACCUCAGUCUAUACCUUUCUCAUUUAUGACAAUUGGAUUGAAAUCUGCAACAGUCUUAGCAAACGAAAUUCGCAUUUAUUUGCAUUUUGUUUCAUUCAAUUCAAGCGUGUUCUCGUUAGAUUUAGUUACUAGUUUGUUCACAGAAUCUUAAAUCUUACUUUCUUGGUUUCUCGGGUUGGUUUCUCGCGACGGGCUCUACGUUGGCGUGUCGUCCACAUGUUUCCAUCAUUCAGUAUUUGUAACAAUAAUAUCGUCGAUCAUUAAAAUGAAAAGCCAUGGGCUAAGUUUUGUCCCUUGGGGAACCCCUGCAGGAAUAUCUCCCCUUUAGAGUUACAGUCCUGUCAGAGUUUAACUCUUUGCUUGCGAUUUUUAAGAUAGUCAAAUAACCAGAUCAGUCAAAUAACCAGAUCAAACGCCUUCUUAUAAUAAAACAAUACGAUCCUUAUUGUAGAUCCAGUUCCGUCACUAUUUUGGUCCAUGAGUGCACCAUACUGAGUAAAGAAUGCGUAGUAGAGGAUUUAGGAAUACAUCCAAAGUCCAAACUGGCGUCCACUAAUUUUCGUCAUCACAGCUGCUCGUACAUGUUCCUCCACUACGAACUACCUUGGAUAGCACUGGUGUUAAUGAUAUUGGUUAACAUCUUGGAGGUGCUUCUGUUUAGGGAUAUGUAUUACACCUGCUGCUCUCCAUGAUGGAGGAAGACAUCCCCUCACUAAAGGAAAAGUUGAUGAUAUCUGUUAUAGGGCCGACCAAUAAAUCUGCAUUCUCUUUAAUCAGCCAAGAUGGUAUGCCGUCUUGGCCAGAGGUCUUCCUUGGAUUGAGCGAGGGGAGCUUGGUAAAAACAGAGUUGAAAGAGACCGCGUAUGGUAAAGCAGGUGGAUCGUUUGGCUGUGGUUCGUAAUCUUUCGGUAGGGGUUCGAAGGUACUCAGUGGAGAUAAAAAUGCUUCAUUUAUUGUUUUGGCUAAGUCUGCUCCGUCAGAGGUUCUACCAAGGUGUUGAAAAAGAUAUACAGGGUUACCUUUGCUAGAUGACGCUGUUGAUUGCUUACAAUCUUUUAAGUGAGCUACUUUAGUGAAAUAGUAUUUCGCUGUAUGGAAACUGAUGACAGAUGCAGCAGACCUCAAUUAGAACAAAGAAAUACCUAAUCAGAUACUUGAUAACAACGAUUUGAUCACGGAUCCCAGAGAAAUCGCGAAGAUAUUCAACUCCCAUUUCUCCCAAAUUUCCAAUACUGUUAUCAAAGAAAUUGCACAUCACCAGCCUAAUUUCGAUACCUUAUGUAAUUUUGUGGACACUCGACUUUACAAAGACCACUAAUUUACAAUUUCGUCUGACUGCUGAAUAUCUAGUCAAUGAGAUCAACAACCUGUCAUGUCACAAGGCAAAGGGAAUUGAUGCAAUCAGCGUCCAUUUUCUCGAGAUCGGCUGCAAUAAUCUCCUUCCAUCGCUUCUUUACCUCUACAACUCCAGCAUAACCUCAGGCAUUUUUCCAGACCAGUGGAAAAUUAGCAAAAUUACGCCGGUUCUUAAGAAGGGUUCUCGCCAAGACAUAGAUGACUAUAGACCAAUCUCUGUGUUGUCAGUUCUGUCAAAAAUCUUGGAACGCUAUUACAGAAUGCAUCUCAUAAGCUAUUUUCGCCAAUAUAACCUACUUAGAAGCUCGCAGUUUGGAUCACGGCCCUUUCAUUCCUGUGAAACAAUGUUACUGCAACUUACGGACACGUACUUCAUAGCAUGGACAAAGGUGAAGUAAGUUGAAUACUUUUAGUAGAUUUCUGGAAAGCUUUCGACCUGAUAAACCAUGAACUUCUACAGAAACUUGCUAUCUACGGAUUUAAAGACGCAACACUGCAAUGGUUCGGAUCGUACCUGACAGAACGGAAACAACUCGUCUCAAUUGACCACUCAACCUCAGAACUCUGACUAGUUCGCAGUGGCGUCCCGCAAGAUUCAUCUCUUGGGCCUCUCCUCUUCAUCAUAUUUAUCAGUGACAUCCUUCUUGCAAAUAAUCAAUGCAAUUCCUAUAUCUAUGUUGAUGACACCACGUCAGCCAAUUCUGGACCAACGAUCAAUAUGGUAAGAACACAGGAGCUGACAACCUCGCCACCUGGGCAUAUGAGAAUAGAAUGGCAAUACAUCCUGACAAGACCAAAAUUAUGCUAGUUGGAACGAAAAAAAACUCGCGACCAUAUCUGAACCUCUUAACAUCUCCAUUUGUGACACCACCGUAUCCAAAUCAUCUUCUUGGAACACACACCAAUCCGUGUUCGCUAUUCAUGACAGUCCGCAAUAUUUUUGAGAUUAGUGAGGAUGACCAUGCACCCAUGAACAGUGAACCAUAACUAUGCGCUAACGAUUAUUGAUGAACUUUAGACUUCUUUAGACUAGCUUCGCUAAUGCUUUCCUUUCCCCGGGGGUAAAUAGCCGUGCGGAAUUAGUACCCUCGCCCUGGGCUUACGCCCGGAACGGCGCCGUUGGCUCAUGGAUCAAAGAAUUAAAGUUGAUGCAAUGCAUGGAAUGAUUUGAAACAAAAUUUAAAAGAAAUUAACUUUUAUUAACUUCUUUUUACUGAAACCUGUUAUUGGCAUAUACUGGUACUUCAUAUUAACACUCAUAAAACCAUGUAAUUAAAGCAUAUAUACAAUGACUGCGCUGACGGCUGACCUUGCCGACAAGGUAAAUAUAAUGACUAAUGACUGCGCUGACCUUGUCGACAAGGUAAACGCAAAUGGUUGAUACAAUGCAAAACAAACUUCAAAUCCACCCCAGUAAAUCGAAACAUAUGUUUAUUGGAUCUUCGUAUAACCUUAAGAAUAAAGUAUCUAUAGUAAUCCUAUUUUAAUUAAUAAUAAGCCAGUACCCAAGACUAAUAAAUAUUCAUACAUUGGUGUGAAUAUGGACGAAAGGCUGUCUUGGGAUAAACAUAUUGAUUCUGUUCUAAGGUUGGUGCCGGUAUUGGUGCAAUGAGACGGGUUAAACCUUUUGUGCCACUGCAUGUCGACAACCAAAAUGCUACAUAUAUAAUGCUAUUAUACAGCCUUAUUUCGAUUAUUAUACAGCCGGUUGACUCGUUAUGGGAUAUAAUUGCGGAAUUGGCCUCAAAGAUAGGUUGCAAAAAUACCGAAAUCGUGCUGCAAGAGUAAUUACUGAGGCAACUUACGAUAUCCGGUCAUCUGAGUUACUCGAGAAUCUAAAUUGGAAACCUCUCGAAGAAAGACGAAGCUACCUUAAAUCUAUUCUCAUCCAUAAAAUUUUGAAUGGCCAACACCCGGCACCCAAUCUUAAAGAAGCAUUUCAAUUUAAUAAUGAAAGACAUAAUACAUACAAUCUCAGAAAUAGAGAUACUGAUUAAUUAGCACCACCUAUGCCGAAAAAAGAAUUCGGCAAGAGGUGCUUCAGUUAUAACCGUGCCUUGCAUUGGAAUAAUCAUCCCCAUGAGGCAAAAAUUGCUGAAUCCUAGGCCUUAAGCUUUUUCAAAUCGAUAUUUCUUUUAUUUACCCCUUUCCUGCAAUUUAGUCUCAUUUUAUCUUAAUUUCUUUUAUAUUUCUUUAUUCCUUGUAAAUAGUUAAUUUUAUAUUUCACGCCCCUCAAGGAAAUCAGCCUCCCAACGGUUGUUGAAUAAAAUUUAAAUAAAGUUUGUAUGUAUGUAUAUGUACUAUGUCUUGUAAUAAUAUGAAGACUGUGGGCAUGCUGCAUGCAAGCCAUUUAAAAUCAUAUACAGUAAUAUUAUAAAUUAAAUAUACAGUAUGUAGCUAUGUAUCUUCCAUUUACAAAUAUAUAUUAUCUACAUAUCUUAAUUAUCAAUCAAUCAAUCAAAAAUCAAAUCAAUCAAAAACUUUAUUUUAACACGGUGAAAUCUACAGAAAACAUUUUACAAGAUAAUUAACUAACAUCUAAUAGGUUUUGUUUGUGGAAACACCACGUAAAUUUAUUACUGCAAAGCUUUCGACAUAUUAUUAGCACUGAUGAAGAUCCGGGCUUACGGAUCGAAAGCUUUGCAGUAAUAAAUUUACGUGGUGUUUCCACAAACAAAACCUAUUAUAUUUUAUCACCAUGCAAACAUACAAAGAACUUAUAACUAACAUCUAAUUACAAUUACGCUAUGACAAUUAAUAUACACUUUAAACUUACCCAAACACUAAAAUACUAAUUUACAAGUCCAUCUCACAUAGAGAACAGAUUGUCAAUUGCUCUUUUGAAUUGACUUAUAGGGAGCAUGUUGUUCGUACAUUUUGUGGUAACUCGUUCCAUAAAACUGCCUCACUAUAACUAAAACUUCGCAUACCGUAGUUCGUUCUUGGUUUUGGUACAAAUAAGGUGUGUUCAAAGUUUCUUAAAUUAUAUCUUGAAUUACAGUAGGGUAGCUGUAUAUGAUAUUUCUGUUAUUGCAGGAAUUUGUUUAAGUUUCCCUGUAUAUUGUUUUUAAGUUUCUGUAAAGUUUGCAAAUAAAAUUUCAAAUACACAAUGAUAUGCGGCUUUUAGUGAUCACUCAUGGAAGCUAUUGUUUCUAGUUUAACAGCUUAUUUUGGUGUUUUGAAUAUCUUGGCUCCGAAAGAAGGCGAGACACUGUAUGUAAACAGUGCAGCUGGAGCAGUUGGCGCUAUUGUUGGUCAAAUUGCAAAAAUUAAAGGAUGUCGAGUUGUUGGCAGCGCAGGUUCAGAUGAAAAAGUUGCGUAUUGCAAAAGUCUGGGUUUUGAUGAAGUGUUUAAUUAUAAGACCGUCACAUCAGUUGAAGAUGCAUUGAAGGAAGCUUGCCCGAAUGGAAUUGACAUGUUCUUUGAAAACGUAAGUUUAAUCUUCAUUGAUAUAGAAUAUAUUUCUUUUAUCUUUGUGACAAAUUGUCGUUCGUCAUGCAGUAAAUUCAAAUCGUUGCUAAACCUUGUUCCCAUGCAGUACUUUCCAUAUAGGCAGGGGUGGAAAAUAUAGCGGACCAUGCGACCAUUGUCCCAGAAAAUUUUUUAUGCUGGCAGAAAGAAAAAAGGGAAGGAAAAAAUAGGGGGAAAGAAAGAAAAGAAGGGAAAGAAAGAAAAGAAGGAAAAGGAAAGACAGAAAAAGAAAGGAAAGAAAAAGAAUAGAAAGAAAGAGAGAGUAACUGCACCAAUAAGUAGCCAUAGGGGGUUUACGAAAGAACUUUGAUAGCGGAAUGUAGUCUCAUUUGCAGGCAACCCUGUUCUACCCCCUUUGGCCCUUUGUUGGCUUUGUGUCGUACCACGUACUGUCCUGGUUCCCCUCCCUCCUCAUUUUCGAUUCCCAAUUUUUAUUUCUAUAGGAAGUAGUAACAGUAACAAAUGACUUUAUUAGCAUGACUUUACAUACAAGUAUUGCUUAUUAGUUGGUAUAAAUGUUUACAAAUGCAAAAUGUUUUGUGGUAGUAUGACAUACUGUCAGUAUCGAGUAAUACAGGAAAUAGAAAUGAAGUUAUUGAUAUAAAGGAAGACUUCGUUUACAGAUGAGUACCGUAUUUACAGUAUAUAAUUGAAGAAAUUUGGGUUUUAGUUAAACAGCCUAUAUUGACUGUCAGCAUUCGUGGCUUCAAGGCAUUUAGAUCUCUUCUCAAGACAUAAAGAAAUAAAUUUCGAUAAUUUUAUCACGGUUUCAUCAGUUGAUUUCAUUAUCUCAACUGGUAAAUUGUGUUCGUUUAGAUCUGCUUCAUUGGUGGGAUCACAUUCCAAGUAAUUUAAAAAGUUUUCACGAAGACUACAAAAGGCUUCACAUUAAGUUAGGAAGUAAUGUUCCGUUUCAACUUCUCCUGACUGGCAGACCUUGCAUACUCGGUCUUCUCACGGAAUAAACAAAAGAUGUACAUUUAUCCCCCCCCCCUGGCACCCAAUAUUUCACAAAUUGUCUGCCAGUGAUUAUAUUAUAUAACGCACAACUAAAUGCAAUCAUAGUUAAUAGAAAAUACACCGCUAGGACGAUUGGUAAACUUCAAGUAGUUUCCUAACCAAGUUCAAUUGAUGUUGAAAACUAGAAAUGUGCUAAAAGUACACAAUUUGUUGAUCAAUAUUAAAAUCUUACGGUUGAAGUCUGAGGUUUCCAUUGGGCAAUUGCUUCAUUAUACAGAACAAAAUGUUCACUCACUGUGAAAGUGCACACAUUUUCAUAUAGGCGAACAAAAACAUAGAACUUAAAAUACCUUUUGUCCAGCUUCCAAAUCAUGUUUGUUUUCAGACUACUAAUUAAUAUGAUGCAAAUAUUAAUAUAGUUUAAAACCGCUUUCCAGUUUUCACAAAUUCACAGUCUUUCCUCACUUGUUUAUUUCAAUUAAAUUCUUCCCUCAGUUGCUUUAUGAAAGGAAAUCGUCCAGGACUGCCACAGCUUUUAUAUGGUACUAUGGUUAUUUAAUAAUUAUUAAAUCUUAAUUAUUAGCCUUCUUUGCAAGUGAGCCUUUAAUUAAUUUAAAUUAUACGGCAUUUGUGUCGACAACUCGCAAAACAUUUUCCCACUUUUCGUUGCGGUCCCAGAAAAUAAAAUUUUUUUCUACCCCUGCACAUAGGCGCGCCCCAGAAAAUAACAAAAUUUCUUUAAUCUACAUCAAUACAAUACAUGCACUGAAAACUUGACCUAUACUGAUCUAUAUAUUUUAAAUCUUUCAGGUUGGUGGUCCAGGGUUUUCAAAAGUAAUAAAGCUAAUGAAUAGAGAUGGUCGUGUUGCAGUUUGUGGUAAUAUUGCAACAUACAAUGCAAAAGAACCUGCCUUACGUACGUAGUUGCAUUAAUACCUUUUCAUUUUUUACAUACAAAGUACAAUUUGCAAAAAUCUAAUUGUUGGAAUGAAGUACAGAAUUUUUUCUGAUAACAAUAUAACUUUGUUAAUACAGUUGAAGAUUUUCUGGGGAACGUAAUUGGAAAUCGACUCAAAAUACAAGGAUUCACCGUGGCCCUGUAUGAAUCCGAAUAUCCAGUGGGCAGGAAAGAACUCGUACAAUGGAUCAAAGAGGUAAAGAAAAAG